GCGACAUCCUCAAGACUCGACGGCUGGGGCGAUCACAAAUUUCGGCUUCCUUUCUCGCCCACCUCCUCCCUUCCUCCUGCUGUUCACUUUCACCUGCGAAUUGUUGCCUGCUUUUGGGAUAUAUACUCUCCUACGCAACCGGAUUUGAAGCCCUUAUUGCUUGGUCACCCGGCCUUCAAUACUAUCGCACGAAGUCGGCAGCGAGACGCCACUGAGAUCGUGUCAGACAGCAGACAGCCUUCACCCUCCUCCACCGUCCUGAGACAGUCCAAAUAUGCCUGUGGAGACGGGGUUAUACGAUCUACUUGGAGUACAUCCAGGAGCAACAGAGGAUGAAAUCAAGAAAGCCUAUCGCAAAAAGGCCCGGGAACACCAUCCGGAUAAAAAUCCAGAUGACCCGACAGCUGGAGAGAAGUUCCAGGAGAUGGCUGCUGCAUACGAGAUCUUGAGUGGACAAGAAACCCGCGAGAUUUACGAUGAGUAUGGCAUGGACGGUCUAUCCAAAGGAGGUCCGAGAGGGCCAGGCAUGCCCCAAGAUGAUAUGUUCGCAGAGAUGUUCAGUGGCAUGUUCGGCUUCGACUUCGGUCCGGGUAGGAGACGAACACGAGGAAGGGAUACAACACUGCCCUUCGAAGUCACUCUGGAGGACCUAUACAAUGGGAAGAGCGUGAAGAUGAACAUGGAGCGGGAAGCGAUCUGUGGGACGUGCAAGGGGACGGGGGCGAAGGGCUCUGCAAAACCUAAGCAAUGUGUGAAGUGCGAGGGCAAGGGUUGGACAAUGCAGACCACCCAGCUCGCCGCAGGUCGCUUUGCAACGUCGCGAGCGGCAUGUCCAGAUUGCGAAGGGCGCGGCGAAAGGCUCAGGGAGAAGGAUCAAUGUAAGAAGUGCAAAGGCAAGAAAACGGUCAAGGAGAAGAACCGGCGAGAAAUCUUCAUUGAGCCCGGAAUGCCCGACCGGCAUCGAAUAGUGCUCGCUGGCGCUGGCGAUGAGGAGCCAGAGGUUCCGCCAGGAGACGUCAUCUUCCUGCUCAAAACAAAGAAGCACGACUCGUUCGAGCGAUCGGGCAACGACCUCCUCACAACCGUGCACAUCACCCUCUCAGAAGCACUACUGGGCUUUUCCCGUAUACUCAUCACACAUCUGGACGGGCGCGGGAUUCAGGUGACAAGCCCACGAGGGAAGAUCAUCAAACCUGGAGACAGUAUCAUCCUACGCGACGAGGGCAUGCCCGUACACAAAGGUCCGGACCAGAAGGGUAACCUGUACAUCAUGCUUGAGAUCGACAUGCCGGACGAGGAGUGGCUCCAAACGGUUGACCGACCGGCGCUCGAGAGUCUUCUGCCACCCAAAAAGCCCGAGAUGGAGCCUCGUCCGGAGGUCGUGGAAGAGGUGCCGUUCGAGGAGAGUGACAUCGUCGAAGUGCGUUCCCAACGUUUCUCCGGGUCAGGAUUCUUUGACCGCUCCGGGUUUGCUCGGCAGUUUGGCGAAGACGAGGGUGGAUGGGAGGAUGAGGACGAAGAUGAGGACGAGGAGGAUGACUGGGGCCCGCAUGGCCAUGAACCGGAGUGCCAGCCACAAUGAGGUGCUGGGACGGUCGAGGUUGAUGUGUUUCUUACAAUAUCUUAGAGCUGCUAUUGUUGGGCAUGAAUACUCUCCGCUCUGCAUCUGUGCUGUGGAAUGCCAUUUGGAUCACAUCUUACGGCGAACCGAAGAGUUUCUAGACCGGUUCAGUCUAUUUAGCUGGAAUACGGUUACUGAUAGUAUCACUAAUACAGUGACGACGUAACAAAUGCCGUCUGUACAUGCAGCACUACAGCGAAUCCAUCCUUUCCUCAGCAAGAAAGGCAUUGGAAUUGAAGGUUUUGCCCAGUUACAUA